GCUGAAAAGAGCAGCACACACACCUCGCUGCCUCACACUGCCAGAUCCACGGGAGUACAGGGCAGAACCUGAACACUGCUUCAGUAAAUCACAGACACCUAGAAUCCAAGGAGGGCUGUUUUCUUUAGAGUUUGGAUUUACUUUUUUUUUUACAUGAGUCAAAACCAAAGAAUUCAACCAAAACGGACAUUUUGAGGGCUGAUGCAAUUCGGUACUAAUCAAGACUGGAAAAACAAAAACUUUCCCGCUCCAGAAACCGUGUCGGCCUUUGACAGAUGAGAAACGAACACAAAGCGGUUCUUGCUAAAUACUUUGGAUAACUGAAGACAAAACGACCUCUGGACUGACCUUUCCGCAGUGAAACGUUAUUUUCUCAUGCACCUCGAACGGGAGGAAGUGCCUUAUACAUAGUUUCCCUUCACAUCAUCGCAGACUUAUGAUCUCCGAGAUAAAGAGCAGAUCCCCUUCUUGCAAGGAAAAGUAAUCUGUGGGCGGUGGACUGAGAAGCAACCAAAAAGCCUGUUCUGUCGACCAGAAUAGAAGAGGAGAAGAGGAAAGGAAAGACAAAAAUCUGGGAAAAGGGGGGGAAACCGGAGAGUUUCAUUGCCCUCUGCUCCAGAUUUUUUAUUUGCUGUUUUUUUUUUCGACUGGACGUUGGAGCUGACCCUCUGGGAGGUCUAAUUAGACUGAGAUAAACACUACAUGAAGGAACAAAGUAAAAGUAAACUCUUGCCAAAUUUCAGCUGAAUGCUUGGAGAGGCAAAGCAGCUGCAACAGGAGUCAUGCCUGGAAGCAGCAACCUGACGUGCUGAAGAGCCUCUUUACGUUCUCAAUUUUCAAGGUGUUCAAACAUUUCAGCCGGAACAAAGGGCAGAGACAGAAGGAUCUGAUUGUGGAUAGCGAUGGAGAGAGAGCAUACGCCCAUAAGGAGAGGGGUGAGCUGGAGCCCGGGAGGAUUGAGAAAACCUAUGGAGCCCGGGCAAGAAACGCAGCCAUCUGAGACCGACUGCAACGCAUCCUGGGAGAAGACGGGAUUCAGCACGCAGCGUGCCAGUCGGAAAACAAAUCUGAGUAGGAGUGCCAGUUUGUCAGAGAAAGAGCUGAAGGAGGCACGACUGAAGAGUCACAUCAUCGCCGCUCAGCUCACCAUCCCCUCCAACUCCGGCUCCAGCUCCAGGGGUGUGCAGCUUUUCAACCGGCGCAAGCAGAGAGUGAACGCCUUCACUCUCGAAAGCCGUGGACAAGGGUCAGAGGUGGACAAAACUGAAAAUGUGAAAAGCGAUUCCUCGUCCGACAAGCAAACCUGGGCAGAGAGGAGCUGUGAGGAAAAGGACAGCGACCUGAACUUGAAGAACAAUAAGACACACUUCUUGUCAGCUGUAAGCGGCCCUUCAAUUGGUGACAUAAUGGACGAGCAAAGUAAGAAUUUUAUCAAAGAAGAAGAUAUGGAGAACAGUGAUAUCCAGGAAAGACAUUUCCUUCCUGUCAAAGAAGAGCCGGAAGAAGAGGAAGACAUAAAGGAUAAGAUUAAUGAGGACAGGGAGGACGAUACUGGGCACAACGCUCCUCUGGGAAGUAAUAACUCUCAUCCAGCUGUGAUGGCACAUGUUGAAAGGAAGACAGAGACAAAUGAGGGCCACGCAGCAGUCGUUCUCACUGAAAAGCUUCCUAAUGGCUGUCACGGCACCUCUGGUUCAGAGCGGAUCUCUUUACUCUCAUCCUCCAAACAGACGGCCACCAUCAUCAACAGAACAGCCCGACCCUUCUUCUCACCACCAACAGUGCACUCUUCAGAGGUGGUCACUCCUGCUACAGACAUCCCACCUCCCCCGUCUUAUGCCACUCCUCCUCUACCUUCUUCCAUUCAACCGGUCACAUUCUCCCCUCCACCACCACCACCACCAUCUUAUCCGACACCUCCUCUGCCUGCCUUCACAAACCGACCCCCACAGACGUUUUACUCAAGUCCACCUCCAAUGUCUCCUGUCAUGUCCCCUUCGUGUACUUCACCAUCCAACUUUCCUAUUACCCAGCACCCACCUGCACCCCACUGUGGCCCUCCGACGGCCCCAAAGCCCUCCACCUUUGUUCCCCAGUCCACUGGAGAAAGGAAGCUGAUAUCACCAAUCAAAACAGGGAUACUAGAAGAAGGUGCAGCAAGAAGGGCAAACAAGAAGUCAAUGUUUACAUUUAAAGAGAAGCCAGUGGUCGCUCCAAACCCCGAGCUGCUGUCUUUGGUGCAAGGAGUGGAUGAAAGGAAGAAACAUGGACACAGACCUGGCCCUGAACCAGCAUCCGAAGAGGAGUUAUUGGCUUUGGGAGCAGAAGCCUCCAACUUCCUUGCCAAAGAAGAGGAAAAGACAGAGGGAGCAAAAGUCCCAGAGUGGGCCUCUUGUCUCAAGAACUCAAAGACCCGACCAAGGCUGGACCACCGUCCAGAGCAGACUCUCACAAAUGUGUCAGGAAAGGGGGCUGAACUGUUUGCCAAGCGUCAGUCGAGGAUGGAGAAAUUUGUUGUUGAUAACCAGAAUCCAGGACAAAUUAGGUCUCCCUCUCCCACAAUGUCUCUGCCGCCAUCCUGGGUUUACCCAUCGAACAUGCCUGGAAGGGUCAAAGCCAUUGCCAAGAACUCUGAUGUAAGUGCACAGAUUUCACAGAAUCUAAAAGCCCAGCAAGUCGUCAAGCAAAAACCGAAACCAAAAGUUGCAGUACCAGAGCCAAUUCCAGAGCCACCUACUGCUUUGGAAAACGGUUGCUCCAAGAUAGAGAUGGACCUCGCGAGACAUCGCCCCUAUCAGCUCAACUCUUCGCUCUUCGUCUUUAACCCAGUCAAGGACCCAAUAAGCACCCUACCAAGAGGAGCACCACAAGCCAAGAACCUAUUCAGCAGUCAAAGUCUUUCCAGACAGACUUCUCUACCUAACACCCCACCUUCUCGCUUCAGCAGCAUGUCUCCUCAGUUGCCUUUCAGCUCUACAAGCCCGGGGCAUACUUCAAAUAUGGCCUCGCCGCAUCCAAGGAUGGCUUCUCCAAUGUCUCCUGUUUCUCAGGAGAGAGUCUCUUCUCCUCGGUCUGGAGUUCAGGCACCAAAGCCAACGUUUUCUGCCAAGAAGGCAGGAAUUACGGCACAGGAAUCAAAGGAGUCAUCCCCUGCUGAAAGCACUGCUGAAACACCCACAGCAACCAGCACACCCAGCCUAACCCGACAUUUCAGCAGCCCGGCUAGCCAGACAACUAGAACAUGGAUCUCAAGCCCGCAAACAACCCAGUUACCAUCCACCAUCAGCGGAUCGAUCCGCUCAGUUGCGUCCCCUAUCAGCUCGUCCAGUAACGCCAGGACCCAAUCCCCUAUGUCCAAUCAGAAUGGCCAGUUUUCCUCUCUGAGCUCCACUUCCACACCCAGGCCCUUCCACCCAGCCACAGCCACCUCUCCACGCUCUCCGCCUUGGGGUUCAAGGUGUCAGUCCCCGGCUGUCAGCCAGUCGUCUGCCACUACCAACAUUCCUUCUUUCAGACCCUCUGAAAACUCUAAAACCCAUUAUCCUGUUUCUCCUCCUUGGGGUUCAAGAUGCCAGUCACCAUCUGCGAGCAAUAAUGACAAGGCCCCCGCCGCUGCGUCUUUCUCCACAUCCAGGCCCUCCAUCACAUCUGUCGCCACCUCUCCAAUCUCCCCUCCAUGGGGAUCAAGGUGCCAAUCCCCAGCAGCGAGUCAGAGUACCCAAUCUUCCGCCUUUUCCCCUGGUCCUACGUUCAAACUUUCCCAAACUCCUCCAUGGGGAUCAAGGUGUAAGUCGCCAUCCAUCAGCCAGAAUAAUGAAUCCUCCGCCGUCUCUGUUUCCUCGUCCAGACCUUUGCAAAUAUUUGCAGCCACAUCGCCUGUCUGCCCUCCAUGGGGCUCACGCUCCCAGUCACCUGCACCGUUUCAAAGCAGCUCAUCCUUUCAUUCCAGUAAUCCUCUGCACACAACAGCUGCCACUUCACCUCCUGCUCAACAAAAAGACAGUCGCUGCAUGCCCCAGACGGCUAACAACCUAGACUCUAAAGCAAACCAUCGGCUCCUCGCAAAGAACAUCAUAAAUGCGGCUAAACGCAAAAAUAGCCCCUCCCCUGGUGCACUGAGCGGUCAUGGCCUUCCCAUUUCACCUCUGGGAAGCACCCAAAACGACUGGAAAAAACCUCCCAUCAGCCCCUUCCAGCACACGCCCUUGGGGGCACAGUCUCCCACCUUCACCAGCCCUCCUCCUACCCCAACUCAGAGGGUCCGCUCCCCCGUGAGGCUCUACAACACCCGUUCUCUGACUGACUCGGAUGCGUCUGUUGAGUCUGAGGACUCGGCCCUCAGGUCGCCCGGCCUGCACUCCUACAACAGCUGUCCCCGUGGCUGGGGCGGCAGCCUGAGGGUCAAAAGAAGUAGUGUCUCCAAUGACCUGUGAGGUUGUCAGCCUACCAGCUAAAACAUAAUUACAGAAUUCAACAAGUUUUUU